UAAAUGCACAUCUAAAGAGGUUAGUAUUAAGCAAUCCAUCCAAAGGAAAAAGUGAAUAGCAAUUGAAGGACCACAAAAACAAACAAGAAUACUUGUAUUGUGUUGUAGUAUUCUAUGGAGUCACUACUCACUUGCUCAAAAAACCAAAAGAGAAGAAAGAAAUGAAAUCUCUUUUUCCCUUCCUCCCCGAUUCAGCAAAAAAGCAAAAUUUUACAAGAAUCAACCACAGCCCUUGAUUCCUUUCCUUAAUCAGAACAAAACCCUCUCUGAAUCUGAUAAAAUAACACCACCCCACAAAAAAAGAAAUGAGUUUUCAUUGAUUUGAAUUUGAUUCCUCUCAGACAAAUCAUCAAACACCACUCAGGCAUAGAAAUGGGGUUUCCAAGAAAGACUCUCUUCCUCCUCGUGUUCAUGGUCUUGUUCACAAACCACUACUACUCUGAAUCGGCUUCAGACUACACAACCUUGGUCUACAAAGGUUGUUCCAAAGACACAUUCACAGAUCCAAAUGGUGUUUACUCACAAGCACUCUCAUCACUGUUUGGCUCAUUAGUGGCCCAAUCAACAAAAACAAAGUUCUUUAAGGCCACAAGUGGGAGUGGCCAAUCCACCAUGACAGGAAUCUUCCAAUGCAGAGGUGAUCUCUCAACCUCUGAUUGCUACAACUGUGUCAGCAGGCUCCCUGUCCUCUCAGACAAGCUUUGUGGCAAGACCAUUGCUGCAAGGAUCCAGCUCCUAGGUUGUUACAUGCUCUAUGAGGUUGCUGGAUUCUCAGAACAAGUCUCAGGGAUGCAGAUGCUGUUCAAGGCUUGUGGGGCAACAACAAGAAGCAAUGGUGGGUUUGAGGUGAAGAGGGACACUGCAUUCUCUGUUAUGGAGAAUGGCGUUGUGAGUGGCCAUGGAUUCUAUGCUACUAGCUACCAGGGUUUGUAUGUGAUGGGUCAGUGUGAGGGUGAUGUUGGUGAUUCUGAUUGUGGGGAGUGUGUGAAGAAUGCUGUGCAGAAAGCUGAGGUUGAAUGUGGAAGUUCUACUUCGGCACAGGUUUAUUUGCACAAGUGCUUCAUUAGUUAUGGUUAUUAUCCUAAUGGGGUUCCUAGGGGCCAUUCUUCUUCUUCUUCUUCUUCUUCUGCAUCAUCAUCAUCUUCUUACUCCUCAUCUUCCUCAGGGCAAAAUACCGGGAAGACAGUGGCUAUAAUAUUGGGAGGGGCAGCAGGGGUUGCAUUCUUGGUUAUUUGCUUGCUAUUUGCUAGGAGUUUGAUGAAGAAACAUGAUGAUCAUUGACAGUGGAAUAUGGUUGGCGUGAGGAAGCAAUAUUCUUCUUUGGGUUUGUGGAUUUGUUUCUAGAUAUAUAGCUUUUGUAUGAAAGAGAUGGAAAAGUUUUCUGGUAAAUAGACUUAGCUGAUAGAGAAAAGAAUCUGGGGUGGCUCAAAUGUGGGGACUACUCCUAUAGUUCUUGUAGUUAGGUAAGAAGAAGAUUUUGUUGUGAACAAACAGUAUAAUUAGCUCAUCAAAGUUAGAAAAAAAUAUUCUUAUUUUUAUUUUUUUUCACAUUAUUACCUUGAAGAAUGAAUGUUUGUCAUCCUUAAAUGGAUGAAAAUUUUGUGGCU